AUGCUUGACGUGUUCCGGGGCCUGAAGAGCCUGGUGAAAAUCAGCCACGUGCACAUCGACUCGCCCGUGUUCCGGCUCCACUACAGCCUGACCGUGAUGCUGUUGUCCGCGUUCAGCCUGAUCGUCACCACCCGGCAGUACGUCGGCAACCCGAUCGACUGCGUGCACACCAAGGACAUACCGGAGGACGUGCUCAACACGUACUGUUGGAUACACUCGACGUACACCAUCAAGGAGGCGUUCAAGAAGAAGGUGGGCGUCGCCGUCCCAUACCCAGGCGUAGACAACACCCGUGGCAAGGCGGACGACCGAAAAACUUACGGCUACUACCAGUGGGUGUGCUUCUGCCUCUUCUUCCAGGCGAUAUUGUUCUACACGCCCAGAUGGCUGUGGAAACACUGGGAAGGUGGCAAGAUCCGGGCACUCAUGAUGGACCUGGACGUGGCCAUAUGCACGGACGCCGAGAAGAAGCAGAAGAAAAAAAUUCUGCUAGACUACCUGUGGGAGAACCUGCGGUACCACAACUGGUGGACCUACAGGUACUACCUGUGCGAAACGAUGGCGCUCAUGAAUGUCGUGGGUCAAAUGUUCAUGAUGAACCGUUUCUUCGAUGGAGCGUUUCUGACGUUCGGCGUGGACGUAAUCCGGUUUCUGGAGAGCGACCAGGAAGAUCGAGUGGACCCAAUGGAUCUUCUAUUUCCCAGGAUGACCAAAUGCAUUUUCCACAAAUUCGGCGUGUCCGGCGAGGUGGAGACCCACGACUCCAUAUGCAUACUGCCGCUAAACGCCGUCAACGAAAAGAUUUACGUCUUCCUGUGGUUUUGGUUCAUGAUCCUCGGCGUCUUGUCGGCAGCCGUGAUCGUUUACAGGUUCAUCAUAAUAGUGUCGCCGCGGAUGCGCGUGUACCUUUUCUGCAUACGAUUCCGGUUGAUCAAACGGCAGGCCAUCGGAAACAUCGUGCGCCGGUCAAAGCUGGGCGAUUGGAUGCUUCUGUACGUGCUCGGCGACAACGUCGACUCAGUCGUGUUCAGAGACAUCGUACACGAUUUGUCGCACCGACUGGAAGCGUACCACAACAAAAACUCGACGGUCAGGACGGUGGACGCUUGA